GGGCGCGCGCAGGGUGUAGCCGCAGCCGGAGCGCCCCGUGUGCGUGCGUGAGUACGCGCGCGAGGAUCAGCCGGAGUGGCCGACACGUCAGAAGGAUGCUGGAGGGCAAUGCCUGCAGAAAGAGACGAUGAGAUCUGUCGAAAGGCGCUGGAACUGCUGUCGGAGCUGUGCUCCCGAGGAGAGGUCCAGGACGACAGCUGCCUGGAUUUCAUCUACUACUUCAGAGACCUGGCCAGACCCCGGACCACGGACUCAGAUGUAUCGGUGAGCCUCUUGUCCCUGCUGGUGACCACGUGUGGUCUGGCGCUCUUCAGUGUCUCCCUCUUUGUCUCAUGGAAACUGUGCUGGCUGCCACUGAGUGGACGCUUCCUCCCUGAUGUCCUCAAGGGAGCACACUUCCUGGGAGGAGACCAGGAACCCGUCCUGACAGAGGUGGAUGGCGAGGAGAGGGAGUACAGCGAGGAUGGCUGCGUCAAGGACUCUACAGCACCCCCCUCUGCUGUGGCUGUUCCGGAGACCGGGCUAAAGAUAAGCCACACGUCACCCGAUAUCCAGCUGGAAACCCAGCCCAGGGUGGAAAAAAACCAGGUCCACACUAUAGCCAGAGACCGGGUCCAGAGACAGAUUACUGAGCCUACUUCAUCUGUACGUCACAACUCCAUUAGGCGUCAGAUGAACCUGUCCAAUCCAGACUUCAACCCUGCUCAGUUCCAGCGCCAGGACUCACUGUCCGGUUUGGGCCGAAUCAAACCAGAACUCUACAAGCAGCGUUCGGUGGAUGCAGAAGACGGGCAUCGGACUAACAGCUGCGGACGUCUACAUUUCAUCCUAAAGUUUGAUUUUGACCUGGAGCAGUUGAUCGUGAAGAUCCACAGGGCCCAGGACCUUCCUGCCAAGGACUUCUUAGGGACCUCCGACCCUUACGUCAAGAUCUACCUGCUGCCAGACCGAAAAAACAAGCACCAAACUAAGGUGCACCGCAAGACACUCAAUCCAAUUUUCGAUGAAGUGUUCCUCUUUCCUGUGGCGUACGCAGAGCUGCCAAGCCGCAAGCUACACUUCAGCGUCUACGAUUUUGACAGGUUCUCACGCCAUGACUUGAUUGGUCAAGUGGUGGUGGACAACUUCCUGGAACUUACCGACUUUCCCCAUGAGACAAAGCUGUGCUGGGACAUACAGUACGUGACCUCGGACAAUGUGGACUUGGGAGAGCUGAUGUUCUCAUUGUGUUAUCUCCCCACGGCUGGCAGACUCACCAUCACCAUGAUCAAAGCCAGAAAUCUCAAAGCCAUGGACAUCACUGGAGCUUCAGAUCCAUACGUGAAAGUGUCCUUGAUGUGUGACGGCCGGAGACUAAAGAAGCGGAAGACGUCUACAAAGCGUAACACUCUGAACCCAGUCUACAAUGAGGCCAUUGUGUUUGAUGUUCCUCCUGAGAACAUUGACCAGAUCAGCCUUCUCAUAGCUGUCAUGGACUACGAUCGGGUAGGACAUAAUGAGGUGAUUGGAGUGUGCAGGGUUGGCAGCGAAGCUGAGAGUCUGGGUCGAGAUCACUGGAAUGAGAUGCUAACAUACCCACGCAAACCCAUCGCGCACUGGCAUCCACUGAUUGAGUGGGUCGGACAGGGAGCCACCGGGAGCGGGAGCCAAAGAGGAUCCACCAAUUCUCUAAAGACGCCGCCCUCACCAUGACCACAUAACCA